GCUAGAGCUCCCGACCCUCUGUCCCGAAGGACCAGGAUUGUAGGUGAAGAUUGUCCCAAAGGACCAGGAUUUUGUUUUCCUUUAUAACUGCGAUUUUGUCGCAACAUUGGCGCCCAUAUUAAAAUUUGAACAGAGAGCAGCCACCAGAGCCAUAAUCAGCCAGCAGCUAACCCAAUUACAGGGGAAGACCAUUUGGGUGUUCCUAAACAUCCUCCUUCUGUAUUGGCAAAGUUGAAACAGAGAAAAUCUCCCAGCACCAUCAUCGGACAGCACACGAGCUAAUUACAGAACAGGACCAUUUGGGUGUCCUCGAAACGCCCUUCUGUUGUAUUGGGUAUCUCAAAACAUCGUUUUCGCAUUAUUUUUCCAUGGAACAACAACACUACAAGCAGCAGAAACAAGUUGCGGAGGAAGAAGAAAACAUAGAGGAGCAGCAGCAUGGACCUUACCCCGUUGAACAGCUCCAGGCCUGUGGGAUUGCUGCAACUGAUGUCAAAAAGCUCAAGGAGGCAGGAUUUUGCACAGUCGAGGCUGUUGCGUAUUCUCCCAAGAAAGAACUUGUUCUGAUCAAGGGUCUCAGUGAUGCCAAGGUUGAUAAAAUAAUUGAAGCAGCUUCCAAAUUGGUCCCAAUGGGCUUCACCAGUGCUAGCCAGUUGCACGCUCAGCGCCUUGAGAUUAUUCAGAUAAGUUCUGGGUCAAGAGAUCUUGACAAGAUACUAGAAGGAGGAAUUGAAACUGGUUCAAUCACAGAAAUAUAUGGUGAAUUUCGCACUGGAAAAACCCAAUUGUGCCACACUCUUUGCGUUACUUGCCAGUUGCCUUUAGAUCAAGGAGGUGGCGAAGGUAAAGCACUUUAUAUUGAUGCUGAAGGAACCUUCAGACCACAGAGACUUUUACAAAUUGCGGAAAGAUUUGGGCUCAAUGGACCAGAUGUGUUGGAGAAUGUGGCCUAUGCCAGAGCAUAUAACACAGAUCAUCAAUCUAGGUUGUUACUGGAAGCAGCUUCAAUGAUGGCAGAGACAAGGUUUGCAUUGAUGGUUGUGGAUAGUGCUACAUCCCUUUAUAGAACAGAUUUUGUAGGUAGAGGAGAAUUGUCAGCUAGACAAAUGCAUCUUGCCAAGUUCCUUAGAAGUCUUCAGAAAAUGGCAGAUGAGUUUGGCGUGGCAGUUGUGGUCACAAAUCAAGUUGUUGCUCAAGUAGAUGGGUCUGCUAUGUUUGCUGGUCCCCAAGUUAAGCCAAUUGGAGGGAAUAUCAUAGCUCAUGCUUCUACUACAAGGCUUGCUUUUCGUAAAGGACGAGGUGAGGAACGCAUUUGCAAAGUGAUCAGUUCGCCUUGCUUACCAGAAGCAGAAGCACGAUUUCAAAUUUCUACUGAAGGUGUAAUUGAUGUCAAAGACUAAUGUUGGGACUUUGUUUCUGCAUAAUCUGAUGGAAUAAUUGUUCGCCUGUAUAAUUUGUAAUGUUCCAACGUCCAUUAACCAUAUUUGUUUUGUGAAAUUAUUGAAUCUACACAUCAUCCCAUUUU